GGUGUGUAUGGCCAUCUCCCCCGACCUCUCAGAUCCGCUCGACGACGCCAAGGGCGGCAUCUCGCUAUGGGGCCGCUGGCUGCAGGACAGGGACGAGCAGGUGGUGCUGAAGCUGCGGGUGGCGACCGGCACAAAGGGUCGAGCUGUUCGGGUCGACUUCAAGUCGGCGAGCCUCAAGGUGGCGGUGAAUGCCGAGGUCUGCAUGGACGGCACGCUGAGCGCGCAGGUGCUUCCUGAUGAGUGCGAGUGGCAGCUCGACGACGACGCCGAGGGCGGCCGCGAGCUCGUCGUCACGCUCCGCAAGGCGUCGCCGGGCUGGUGGGACCGCGUGCUGCAGCAGGAUGCGCCCAUCUCCACCAAGGCCUUUGACGAGCCGCCCUUCAUGCUCGGGGGGAUGACGGAUCUGCAGUGCGCCCCGCCGCCCGCCCUCGCGCGCGGCACAACCUCACUCCGCACGGCCCGCGCCGCGGCAGGCACGAGAGCAUGCGGGACCACGUCGCGCGGAUGACGGGCGGAGGCACACCAGGCAGCGCGUGGGACGGGAGGUGACGGCAUCGAGGCGCAGGAAAGAGGCCCGUCGAGCCUGCCGCCUCUCCCGUUGAGGUGCCUCUGCCUUAAAUCAGGUGCAUGUUUUUGUAUGUCUCGAGCGCGUGAGACUGGC